CUUAAAAAUAUCUGUCUGGCUGCGACAAUGCGAGGACUUCGAUUUAAAAGUAUAUUACUUUGCGUUUUGCUUUACUCAGUUGCGGUCCAAGGCUUCGGAACCUGUUCACCUGGUGACGUCACUGCCUGUCCGGUCUAUGCUGAGUGUGUGGGGAAUGAGUGCAGAUGUAAAGAUGGAUUCAAAGAGGGCUUUAACAUCUUCGAUAAAGAAACAUUUUGUUAUAGGAACACGUUAUUAGAAACUGUAUCGUCAGAGACUAAAAACGUGCACAAUUCAAAUGCAGAAGGUUAUAGUUCAACAGGUCUGCCAGCUUUAACAACGCAAUCUUCACCUACAACAACUGAAAACAUUACGACUAAAAACACAACAACUAAAAACGUAACGACAGAAGAAACUAAGACUAAAGAAAAACCAUUUGGGUCAAAUUUUCAACUAAUUGGUGGAUCUGCAUUUGCGGCUGCUCUUAAAGAUGGAGGAGCGUUUGCGGCCGCGUUUGGAAAACAGUAACUCCGCAAAGUAUUUUAACUUAUUUAUGGCUGUUCUUUACUAUCUGUCAA